UCCUCUUUGUGGGGAGAAACGUGGCUUCCGUGGAGGAAGGAAGGGAGAUCUAAACUCCCUUGAGCCAAGGCUCCUGCGAAGCGGCCACGGAGGCCUUGUGGGUUGGGGGGAUCCUCCGGGGUUUCAUUUUGGGUCCUCUUCUGCCCCCCCCCUCUGCUUCCUGCAGGACCCCAACAGCAAGAGCCCCCAGGGGCUGAAGUUCUCCAUCAAGGAGACGGUGUGUCCCUCCUCGCCGCAGAGCCGAAACCUGACCCAGUGCGACUUCAAAGAAGAUGGGCUGGACCAAGAUUGUUCCGGAAUCUACUCGGCGCAACAGGAACCCCCGAUUCUUGUUGUCCAGUGUGAGGAUAUUGACCAAGAGCUGAACCGGAUCACCAGAAGUCGCUGGAGGAAAGUCGCGAGGAAAGUAGGCCGUUUCGUGCGGCGAUAUGGGCCGGUCAUCGCCAGCGUGGUCGGAUGA